UCAUCCCAUUUAUAUUGAUUUAACUAAGCAUGUGAAGAUAUAAUGCUACUCGAAAGAGGAAAAAUGUUUAUAAUUUUUUAUGCACUUUUGGGUUUUGUAAUUGGGUCGAUUAGCGCAACUACAAUUAACGAUACGGAAACUCUACAUACGGACUUAUUUCAAAAUUAUAACAAAAAUGUGCGUCCAAUAAACAACCAGAGUGCAGCUAUGACUGUAAGAAUAUCCCUUUAUAUCAAAUCAAUACAGGAAUUUGAUGAAGUGAAUGAAAAAUUUUCAUUUGUUGCGGCUCUACAGUUAGCUUGGACAGACGAAAAAUUGAUGUGGAAGCCCGAACAGUAUGGUGGACUUAACCUGAUAACGGUAUCCUACAACGAUGUCUGGGUCCCGGAACUGACUUUAUCAAGCCCGUCUGCAAGGGGUACAACAAUCGGGAAAUCUUCCGACAGAAUUCGUAUAGAAGACAAUGGCGAAACCGAAUGGAUGCCAGCAAAUAUCAUCGAGAGCACGUGCAGCGUUAACGCAAGAAAUUUCCCUUUCGACACUCAGAGUUGUUCGACUAGUUUUACAUCGCUGGGUUACAAAAGCAACGAAGUUACUCUAAUAGCAGGGUUGUCAACGAUUUCGUUUAACGUUUAUUCUCCUAAUGCAUUGUGGGACGUGACUGGAUCGGAAGCUAAGACGGAAAUAUUUGGUACUGCUAGAGAGUCUGAAAUUACGUUCACUCUGGAGUUGAAAAGAAAACCAGCUUUUGUUGUAAAUAACAUCAUAUUGCCAACUUUUAUUCUCAGCUUGUUAAAUGUGCUGGUUUUUGUUCUAGUGCCGGAAUCAGGAGAGCGUAUAGGGUACUGUAUCACAACCCUGCUAGCCAUCGCCGUGUAUAUGACAAUUGUGAGUGACUUGUUGCCGCAGACAGCUGAGCCAGUACCUCUUAUUUCAUAUAAAUUAAUGAUUGACAUGAUCUUAAGUGCACUGAUUGUUUUAGUCACCAUUGUGAAUAUGCGGCUGCGCUCCAAAGAUGAUGCUGACAUUGUCCCAGCAUGGCUGAAUUCUGUUUACAUAGUUUUAAGCUGUACACGGAGUAAGAUACAUCCAAAAGAAGACGCCGAAGAAAUUCCAAAAAGAAAAAAGUUGUUGCAAACAAGUGCGGUCGAAAAGGAACAUUUAGCUGAAGAGAAAACUAAAGGUGACUUUGACCAGAAAAGUAAAGCAGAGAGUAAAGAAACAGACAAUCCGAUCACGUGGAAGAAAAUAAGCUACAUGGUUGAUUGGCUCGCUCUUAUAACGUUCACAUUUGCUUCGCUGUUGAAUAUGACUGUGUUCAUUGGAAUCGCAAAAUCGUGAGGCAGUGUCAAAAAGUGAACAGAUGUUUUUUUUCGGAAAAGACGUCUGUAUGAAACUGGACAAGGACAGGAAAUAUACGGGUCAUCUUUCUUUCCCUGUAGAUCUUAAAGUAUACUGAAAGGUUUGAAAGGAAUCUUGCUCUACCUUACCAUAUCUGUUUUUCUGUCUUUAUAACAUCAGACAUGAUCGACUCCGCAUUAUAAUAUCUAACACGAUCGACUCCGCAUUAUAACAUCAGACACGAUCGACUCCGCAUUAUAACAUCAGACACGAUCGACUCCGCAUUAUAACAGCAGACAUGAUCGACUCCGCAUUAUAACAUCAGACACGAUCGACUCCGC